UUUAUUAAUUAUUUCAUUAAAGAGUGUUAAUCAAAGAUAUGACGUAGCAAUCGAAAUUGUAUAUAAAAUAAACUCGCACAAGACGAAUUUGUCAAAUUGAAGAACCAUGCAUUUAAGAUUGGUCAUUUUUUGCUCUUUGCUCUAUAUUGCAACUAAAGGGGUACUUUCAACACCUCUGAUUCAAACGCAAUAUGAGGAAGAUGACUUAUUAGUUGAGUUGGACAAUUUGGGCAAAAUUCGUGGACAUAUUCUUCAAAGUGCCGAAGGAAACGAUUUCUACGCUUUUCAAGAAAUUCCCUAUGCAGAACCUCCUGUAGGAAAACUCAGAUUUAGGCCCCCCCAACCUCAUCGUCCAUGGGAAGGAGUAAUAAAUGCGACAGAAAAUAAAAAAAUCUGUACACAAAAACCCGACCCAAAUUCAACUGAAGACUGUUUGGUUUUAAACGUAUACACACCAGUAAAACCCAGUUCGAAUAAUUCAUUACCAGUAUUCUUUUGGAUUCCUGGUGGGGCAUUCGUUACUGGUAGUGGUUCAAUAGUUCAAUACAACCCAAAAUUCUUAAUUGAUUAUGAUAUAAUCGUAGUAACAAUAAAUUAUCGAUUAGGAGCUUUUGGAUUUUUAACAACACUUGAUGAAAAUAUACCUGGAAACUUAGGACUUAAGGACCAACAUCUAGCUCUUCAAUGGACACACGACAAUAUCCAUAAAUUUGGAGGUGAUCCCAAAAAAAUAACAGUUUCUGGAGAAAGUGCUGGAAGUCUAUUUAGAAGUGUUAUUCAACAAAGUGGAUCAUCAAUAUCGGGUGUCUUUUAUCCAACAAAUGACAGAGAACUAGCAUUCGAAUUUGGCAAAGCACUAGAUCCUUCUUUUAAAUCAAUAAAAUCAAGUGAUUUAUUAGAAUUGUUGCAGCAGGCAAAUUAUUCAGAUUUAUUUACGUCUGGUAGAACAUCGGGAUUUAUGGAUGCCUUGACCUUUAAGCCAGUUCUUGAGAAUGAAUUAAACGAGGAUGCAUUUAUUACUGGACCCAUGCAUGAGGCUGUAUUGAACGGUGAUUUUAAUUUAGUUCCUAUUCUUAUCGGACUAAAUUCUGAAGAAUCUUUGAUGUUUUUACUAGAAAUUGACUCAGAAACUAUUAAAAAAAGAGGCAGGCUUCUUGAUCAAAGUCCCAAAAAUCUUGUAUCUCUCUCUCUUAAUGUAGACGAAGAAGAAAAAGAGCAUGUUGGAAGGCGUUUUAAAAAAAUUUUACACUUCCUCUUCUUUUACAGAAGAUAUAAAUGGUUUAUACAAGGUAAGAAAUUUAAACGUGAGCUUCUAAAAAUUUUUUAUUUCACUAGUGAUGAAGUUUUUUCAAGAUCAAUAAUACGCCAAGCUGAAACUGCCUCCCAAUAUGUACCUGUGUAUCUAUAUGAGCUAUCAUGGUUAGCAGAUAACAGUACCGAUAUAGGAGUUCCACAUGCAGCAGAUCUAUGGUAUUUGUGGGAUUUGAAGAUUUUUGACUCAAAUAAUGAGAAGCUUAGAAAACCUAUACUGAAGUGGUGGACGAAUUUUGUUAAGUAUCAGAACCCUACUCCAGAUUCGGACGAAGACCUUCAAAACGUAAUUUGGCCAAAAGUACAACCCAAUGCUGUUAAGUAUUUAGAUAUAGAUUCGCAGUUCACGGUAAAGGAAAAUCCCCGAAAUUAUUAUACUAUUAAAGCCCUAUUAGAUGAUUACAUACAACCACCAUAUAUAUCCUACUAAAUUUUACAUUUAGACGUUUACAUAAUUUUGAUUAUAAAUUUUGGGAACAAAAUAAUAUAAUUACUUCAUUAUAUUAAUGUAUGCAUAUCAAUGAAAAUAAAGCCUUAAUACAAAACUGCAAAUUGUGUUUAAUCAUUUAUGCAAAUAACAAUCAUUGAAAAAAAA